AUGAUGAUCACCUCGUUUUUCAAAGCCAUGACCUCAUCAUGGGCAGCUCCACCCUCAUUGCCACAACCUAUCACUACCUGCCACGACAACAACAACAACAACAAUCCACUUGCAGAAUUCGCUUUUAUAGCCCUCAUAAUAAUAAUUGGGAUUCUCAUCAGGUACAUUUGCACCUGGUUCAAGCCCAGCGACGACUCAGACGAUAAUUCUGAGACCACUCAGACUCAGGGCCGAGACCACCGACGACACCUAUGGCCAAGAAAUAAUAAUAAUAAUAAUUCUUCUUCUCAGCCUCAGCGGUCGGUUCAAAGAAAUCAUGGACUCGACCCCGCAAUCAUUCUUGCUCUGCCCGUCUACUCUUAUCAUGGAGACGACGCUAAGUACCAGGUCGAUUGCGCCAUUUGUCUGAGCGAGUUUGAGGAGAACGAGGACGUGAAGGCGAUUCCGUUCUGUAAGCAUGUGUUUCAUCCGAACUGCCUCGAGAAGUGGCUUUCGGUGCAGGUGACCUGCCCGGUUUGCCGUGGGGGUGUGAGCACUCGAUCGGAUGAUCAAAGAAGAAGAUCGAAGUUGCGGAGUCAUGACGUGUGUAUAGAGAUACACGAGGGAGUGUGA